CUUUUAUUUUAGCUGUCGGGGCGAAGUCGGACCUCGAAACUGAGGCACGGCAUGAUGGCAAUGCUCAUGGACACCAGAUUUCUGUUAAGAAAAGUAAAAGAUUUAAGGAGCUUGACGCCCAAACGAAACCGAGUGAAAGACAAAUGGGCUGCUACUCGUCCCAAGUACCCCCCUACCAGCCUGGCCCUGCAGCACUUUGAUGCAACCUACAGUGCUCAGCUGGGGCAGCUGUGGCCAUCGGUCCGAGUCGCCUUGCUCUCAGAGAGAAAAUACGGAGCCCUGCUCAACAAUUUCUCCCAUGAUGCUGUCCUGGAAGACCUCCGAGCGAAGGGAUGCAGGGACUUCAUCAACGACACAGAUACAGUGGCUCAGCCAUGUUUGGAGGAAGAACCUGUGACUGGUGUGAAGGAGGAAUCCAGUGAUGUUCCUGGGAAGAAAUCUGAUAUUGACGGUCAGCAGCUGUUUCCCCUUCGGCUUAGUCCUCACAUCAAAUGUGCAGUGUUUCCCAGAGGGGAUAUCACAAGAUUCAAGCCUGCUAGACCAGACAUGCACAAGCUGUUGGGUUACUACCUGAUGGACGCGGCGUCCGUGCUGCCCUGUCUCGCUCUGGAUGUUCAAGAAGGUCACAAUGUGCUCGACCUCUGUGCUGCUCCAGGAGGCAAGACCCUGACUUUACUUCAGACCCAGUCUAUCAGGUUUUUGUGUGUAAAUGACACAUCAGUGUCUCGGACAUUACGGCUGAGGAAGGUCCUCAACAGCUACAUUCCUAAGGAAUGCUUGACAGAGAGGAAUCUACGCAUCACCUCCUUUGAUGGCACCAAGUGGGGGGAAAUAGAAAGGGAAACUUUUGACAGAGUCCUAGUUGACGUUCCCUGCACUACAGACAGACAUUCAGUCAUAGAGGAUGACAACAAUAUAUUCAGUAAGACCAGGACUGGAGAGAGGCGGAGGCUGCCACAGUUACAGCUGGAGCUGCUGCUGGCGGGAAUCGAAGCAGCGUGUCCAGGUGGGGAGAUCAUGUACUCCACCUGUACGCUUUCUCAAAUCCAGAACCGGAGUGUGGUGGAACAGGCCAUCCACCUGGCUCAAGAGAAGCACGGCAUCAGACUUGAGGUUGUCGACCUGCGACCCCUCACACACAUGUUUAGGAAAACCUUUCACUUCGCUCCUGACCUCCACCUGGGUGAGAUGGUCAUCCCACAUUUAGCCGCUAACUUUGGGCCUAUCUACAUGUGCAAGCUAAGGAGGCUGACGUAGCUUGUGGACUUUUGGACUCUCCACUCCCAGAUUAAUAUUUGUCUUUAUUUAAAAAAACUGUACCUGUUGGAGCUCAGUUGAUGGACUUGACUGGUGACAUAUUUCAACCUUGGAGUAAAUGAAGUUUCCAACUGUGGACACACCGGACAGCGCUGAACUACAGUUUGUUAUGGAGACUUUUCGAGACGCCAACAGGAAUGCCAUUUCUCAGUUUUGGGAUUCUUGAAUGGAAUUUUUUUCAACACAGUAGAUUACAUGAAAGACUGGAACCGGCAUUGAAUUUCACCUGCAGUUUUAUUUUUGCUCCAUAGGUGGCAACAGUAGCUAAAGAGUGAAGGUUUCCUGUUCAUUCUGUGCCCACUAGAGGACACUAAACAUAUAUCUGCAAAGGUUAUAGCACCUCCAGCUCAUAUAGUAUGUCCUCCUCCUCUGUGUCAGAUGAAUGUGUCAGGUUAUGGAAUCACAUUACCAAAACACAAAUUUCUGUCAGAAUUACCUGCUCUCUUUAACUCUCCAGUGAAAAUAGGUUUGGCUUGUUCUAUGGUUAUUCAUCAGGUUUGAUGGCUUUGCCUAAUAAUGCGAUAUGUGGCUGUGUGGAAGGAGGGCAUAAUGAGCAGGCAGGUAAUGACUUAUUUGACCAUUUGGCUUCUCACAUCUGAAUCUGUGCAAGUUUCAUUAUUACAGCUGGAUUGACUCUGUUUUGCAUUGACAUCACCCAGAGGUGAAACAUUUCCUCUUAUCACAACCUAAUGUGAGGUGCCUCUUUUUCCAUCACAUCGCCGAUGACCCUUUAUGUUGUCCUGCCCAGGCAAUGUAGCGUGAAAAAGGUGUGUGUGUGUGUGUGUGUGUAUGUAUGUGUAUGUGUGUGCAUCUAACGAGUCCACCAACCACAUCCCACUGUCAUUAAGCUGCUCCAAGUGCAGGAGCUGACUCCCAUCCGCGUGCAGGGAUGGACGGCAGCCAUGCGGCUCCCAGAUGAACAUUAAAGAGGCAGCAGAGAGCUAAAA